AAAAAUAUCUUAAAGAAACAGUUAUUGAUCUCAGGCAUUUACUCAUUGCUCUCAAUUCGAGUGUGUGCGUGUUUGGUAAAUCGACCUUCUCCGUCUCCCAAACGUUAGAUGAAAACGUGUAGUAGUAGUUUGUCCACAUUCGAUGUUAUCCAAUAACGGUUAUCCACGUGUCAUCAAUCCGGUCUCUUCUCUCAUCCUCUGGACGGCAAGAAUCGCCGACGUGCCCCUAAAAUAUCGGAUUCUCCCAAUCUAUUUGUUUAUUUUUGGAUUUAUUUGAAUCUCGUUUCCUGGGUCUCUGUAUUUUCCUUCCUUUCUUUUUUUUUUAAUCUGAUUCUUCAUCGCGAUUUGGUCAAAAGUCUCUCGAAUCAACAACAAAUCCAUCGGAAUUUUCUAUUCAGGUGGAUAUAAUUUUUCUCGCUGUCGUUUUCCUGGAAAAAUUUGGCGGAUAUCAAAGAGAAUCGCCGAAUCAGAUUAUUUUUCGUAGAGAAUUUCUGUUAGGAUUUUUUAAAAAAAAAGCGAUGCAACGGAUCGUAGAUAACGCCCUCGCUGUCACCAAAGAUGCAGGUCAGUGAAAACUGUUACAUAUGAGUCUCUCAACAACAUUGCUAGAUGCAUCAACGGAAUCUCAGCUCUUCUAUUAACCCUUCUCCCUGGGAAGGCUAAUAUUCUCGAAGGUCUCCAUGGCUGGGAGCUCAGACCCACUUUCCGUGGUCCACGUUUGCCACGCUGGAUGCAUAAUGGGGUCUCUUCUUUCAAUCACUUCGUUCAUGAGCUCUCUGUGGAUUCCGAUACUUCGAGCUCUGACUAUUCCUCCGGAGAAGAGAGUGAUGGUGCCCUCCCUGCUUCACCGUCUUCUCAAAGCUCACGCCUUUCUUGGGCCAGUGCUUCUGCAAAUCCGGAAAGCCACUGGACUGAGUGGGUUACCUUCCUUCUCUGGUGGUUGAUAUUCCCUUUACGGAUCUUGGUAUGGAUACCGCAGUACUUUCUUCGUUUGUUCUAUAAACGAAGUAGUGCAAGAGCUCCCACGAGUCCAAGAAGGAACCAACGUUCGCCUAGGCCUCGUGUUAGCAAGACUAUGUCGAGCAAAGACCAUGAUGUGCCCAACCGAGCUACUGAUCGAAGACGCGGAGUCAUUGAGGAUCUUCAUCUUGCUAUUGAGAUCUGUAUAGAAGCUAUUUUUGAUUUUUUCCACAGGGCUACGCAUGUGAUCCUUUCUCCGUCGGAAGCUUUUGCGAAAAUGUCGGCGUGGUUCUCUUCUCGCAGUAGUAAAGAAAGUCGUGAUGAUGUUUUAGAUGAUGAACCUGUGCAGACUGCUACUUUAGGAGAUGCUGAUCCAUCUCUUAGUGAAAGGCCCACGCGAUUGUACAACUCUAUGAACACGGAUACUCGAACGUGUCAAGAUGUCAUAACAGAGCUGGGGUAUCCUUACGAAGCUAUUCGUGUUGUUACAUCUGAUGGUUAUGUUCUUCUCUUGGAAAGGAUACCAAGGCGUGAUGCAAGGAAAGCUGUGUAUCUACAACAUGGGAUUUUGGAUUCUUCAAUGGGAUGGGUAUCAAAUGGAGUUGUUGGAUCUCCAGCUUUUGCUGCGUAUGACCAAGGUUCAAGUAUAAUCCACUCGAUUAUUAAUUCACAUAGCAACUGCUGUGAUAUUUACUCUCUUUUCCUUCACACUUUCACAGGCUAUGAUGUUUUCUUGGGGAACUUUCGGGGUUUAGUUUCAAGAGAUCAUGUGAACAAGAACAUAUCCUCAAAAGAGUACUGGCGAUACUCCAUUAACGAGCACGGUACUGAGGAUAUCCCAGCGAUGAUUGAAAAAAUCCAUGAAAUCAAAACUUCAGAGUUGAAGCUCAUCCAGCCUAAUACCGACGAGGAAAUCUACCAGGAGGAGCCUUAUAAGCUCUGUGCCGUCUGUCAUAGCCUAGGCGGUGCUGCAAUUCUCAUGUACGUCAUCACUCGCAAAAUCAAGGAGAAGCCACACAGACUCUCACGACUGAUCCUACUUUCACCUGCUGGAUUUCACGAAGACUCCAACUUAGGUUUCACAAUUGUUGAGUACAUAUUCCUUUUUGUGAGUCCAGUAUUGGCUCACAUUGUACCUGCCUUUUACAUACCGACAAGGUUCUUCAGGAUGCUUCUAAACAAGCUAGCACGUGACUUCCACAACUAUCCUGCUCUUGGUGGACUGGUCCAAACCCUUAUGAGUUAUGUAGUUGGCGGAGACAGCUCGAACUGGGUCGGAGUCUUGGGGACGCCUCACUACAACAUGAACGAUAUGCCAGCUGUCUCCUUCGGUGUAGCGAAACAUCUAGCUCAGAUCAAACACACUGGUAAGUUCAAGAUGUUUGAUUACGGGAGCAGGACAGCUAACAUGGAGGUUUACGGCUCUCCUGAACCGCUUGAUCUAGGGGAGUCUUACGAGUUUAUCGAUGUGCCUGUUGAUUUGGUAGCGGGGAAGAAAGACAAGGUGAUUCGGCCUUCCAUGGUGAGGAAACACUACAAGGUGAUGAGAGAUGCAGGGGUUGAUGUAUCGUUUAAUGAGUUCGAGUAUGCUCACCUUGAUUUCACAUUCUCUCACCGGGAAGAGCUUUUGACGUAUGUGAUGUCGAGGCUUCUGCUUGUGGAAGUGACACCAAGUCAACAAAGGCAGAGCAGCCAGAAAGGUAUGAAACUUAAGAAGAAGAAAAAGGAAGGUACAGUAGUGUAAGUAGCUGGAAACCAAACCAUGGCCAGUGUAGAGUUUGGUGUCAUUGUAUUGUGAUGUUGUGUGUUUGAGCUUUCAUGUGUGCAUUUACGUUGAUCUCCCCUGUAAUAGCGUGUACAUAAUGUAAAUCAUAACUUUUAGACGAGAUAUUUACCAUAUAAAUCAUAACCAAUCGGUAGCA